AUGGACCCGACAAGCAUUCGAAUUGGCUUGUCUGGCGUCAUUCUCGCCAUUCUUCUCUACGCCGCCUGGCACAGAUACAAGCGAAACCGUGCGAGGACAUGCGAGCACAUUCGCGGCCCUCCUUCUCCGAGCUACCUAUUGGGUCACAUAGUCCAACUCACUCGUCAGGAUGAAGUAGGCGACCUCGAAUACCAGUGGAUGAAUGAGUACGGAUGGGCCUGGAAAAUCAGACACUGUCUCGGCAGAGACGUGCUCUUCCUCGCCGAUCCCAAGGCGUUACAUCACGUAUUCAGGUCUGGCUACGCCUACGCCCGUACGACAGAUUCCAAGUUUAUAUCCUGGUUGCUCAUGGGAGAGAGCAUUCUGUUCACUGAUCAUGCUCAGCAUGCCCGGAUCCGCCGGACGAUGGAUCCCACCUUUAACACAGCACGCGUGCGGGCCUUCUUGCCUAUUUUUCAGCGUUCCUCGAAGAAGCUCUGCCAGAAAUGGCGGCACGAGCUCACGGGUCGGCCAUCGAUGCCAGCGAUGAACGUUGCUCCAUGGUUCUCGAGGCUGACACUUGAUGCUAUAUGUGAAGCUGGAUUCGACUUCAAUUGCGGCGCGUUGGAUGAGGACUUGAAUGAGUUCGUGGGUGUGUACAAGAAUAUGUUCCGAGACUCGAUGAUGCACCCGACUACGGGCUCGUUACUGUUCCGACAUUUCUGGCCGUACAUUCCCGAGUCAGUCUUGCGUGCCCUUGUCCGUCUCCCGGCCAAGCAAUUCGUGCGCAUGCGGCAUGCGCUACAGACCAUCAAUCGCUUCUCGGAGCAACUCAUAGAGCAGCGGAAAUCGGUAGUGAAAACGCAACGUGGGAUUGAUAGCGGCGAUGAGCACGGCAAGGAUUUGAUGAGUAUUCUGGUCAGGGCCAAUACGUCAGAGAAUCCGAAGUACCGCCUGACGGACAGCGAAAUGACCGCGCAGGUGGCGACAUUCCUUCUUGCAGGGCACGAGACAUCAGCAGGCACGCUCACCUGGCUCCUUUGGGAGCUCGCGAAGGAUGUCAACUACCAAAGGAAGAUGCGUGAGGAGAUUGCGACUGCCCGCGCCGAUGUCAUCGCCAGGGGCGACGCCGACUUUACGGUUGCCGAUCUCGAAUCCAUGGAAUACGUGAAUGCGGCCAUCAAGGAAAUCAUGCGCCUUCAUCCGAUCGUUUACCUACUGGUGCGAGUCGCGGACAAGGACGAUGUCAUUCCGCUGUCCAGACCAAUUACUACCGCCACCGGUGAAAAAAUUAGCGAGAUCCCAAUUUCGAAGGGGCAGCACAUUAGCGUGUCAUCUUGGGGCUACAACCGAUUACCAGAGGUGUGGGGCGAGGAUGCUCACAACUGGAACCCUUCGCGCUUCUUCACAAUUGACAAGGAGAAGCAGAUCAGUGUUGGCGUGUUUGCGAACCUAUUGACUUUCGGCGGAGGAAACAAGUCUUGCCUUGGAUGGCGCUUCACUGUGCUUGAGGUCCAGGCGGUCCUCGUCGAUUUGAUCGAGAAUUUCGAGUUCGAGCUUCCGGAUGAGAAGCCCGAUAUCCAGCGCGUCCCUGCAGGUGUCACCAUUCCAAUCAUUAGGAACAACAUGCAUCUGGGUUCGCAAAUGCCGCUGAAGAUCAUUCCAGUCAAUCCUGCGCCGCCUGCCGCUGGGUGA